GCCAACUCUGCGACAUCACGCUGAUCAAGUUCCCUGAGCGCGCUGUUGGGGUCGCCCAGGCGCUUUACGAGGCCACAAGCAAGGGCGAUUGGGCGUGCCUCGAGUUGAAAGCAACGAAUGACACCGAUGCCACGGAUGCCCAAGGAUGCAAGGCACAGACGUUAGGGCGGCUCUUUGAUGCCCUUGGCGGUUCCUCCAACAGCGUCCCCAUAUCUGCCCACGCCAUCUCAACACCAGGCAUCCUUUCACAGGGUGCCCAGCUUGCUGAUGGAAAUGGUCUGGCUGCCGUGUCUUGCAACCUGCCGACGCAGUUUGUACCGCUGUCAACGGCUGGACAAGAUUUAGCCAUGGAUCCCAUUCCAAUGCGCGCUGCGGUUCGAAAGACUUUCGCCGGCUCACGCGCAGAGAGUGGC